GUCUACCGUGAGCACCGCCAGAGUGAAAUAGAUCCGUAGAUCUGUGCUUCCACGCUCGGGAGCACGAGGCUUGCAACAUACAUGUGAUAAACAUAUCGAUGCAAAACAUUGGAAAGCGAACGGCGAUAUAAACCCGCGUCUUGUUUUAAUACAGACUCUUGUUCAAACGUUUCUUUCCGCGAUCUAUUUUUAUUCAAGUCUGCAGAGAAACUCAAAAAUUUCUAGUCUAUCCAAUGUAAGAAAAACGUGCAACAGCAAUGUCAGUUUGAAAAGUGUGACAGUGAGGAUAGUUUGAAUAAUAAAUUUUUUUUGUCUUGUUUCGUCCUGCGGUGGAUAAUUGCUUAAACUUCAGUUUAAAACGAAAGCAGCUAUCGCAUAAAUGCGUACGCGUUUGAUCACGGAAACGAUCGUCGAUCGUGCGUAAAAAUCCAUCCGUAUGAUUCGAAUCCACACGGUACGAAAGUCGAACUAUACAAAAAUCUCAACAUACAUAAAUCAUGAACUGGAAUAACAAUUUGAAUUCUCAUCACCACACGCAACGCGAAUGACGUUUAUGAAGUUUAUUCACUACCUGUUAUUCCACAGCAGCUCCACACUACACAAUUUACAGUUAUACGGUGAAAUUUGUUUUUCUAAUCUACGCAGGUACAUGUCACGAUGCUGCAGCAUGAGCAGCAGCAGUGCCGAUUCAACGAAAUAUCAAGAGUAAUAAUAUGCUGAAAACUAGUGCGAAACCUCAACCCAUUUUCGUAUUUUAUAAGAAUAAAUUCAUAAUAACAAAGUAGAUAAGAAUCUGCGCUGGACAAUGAAGGUAAAAGGAUGAAGAAACACGAGAUACCGGUACCUAUACUAUACUCAUUGAGAUACCGUUGAUAAACGAGAUAACUAGAAUAGUGGCGACCGCUUUUUUUCUCCUCGCUACCAUUUCAAUCGGAUCGAGUACCAGUGCGGGAACUUGUAAGCUCCUAUCAAGAGCUGCGAAGCUGCAACACGUUGCGUUGCGGACAUCCCAAAGAAGCAAAGUAACUCGAUCGAGACGUACUGCAAUACCAGCUCGCGAGGUGGACAAAAAGAAUCAUCACAGAAUAACGAUGGCGGUGAAGGAGUGGUUCCGAAAGCUGCAACCUGUGCAAAUCUACCUGGUAUUAUUCUUCACGACGGCCUUCGUGAUCGUCGAGUUAAUCGUGAGCCAUUUCACCCACGGAUUGACACUUCUUGUGAACACCUAUUACAUGCUAUGCAACAUCAUCGCGCUAAUCGGCUGCAUCGCGUCGAUAAAAUACAGCAAUCGCGAGAACAGCAACGACGAGGAAGAAAAUUCGGCGGUCGCUAUCUCGGGGGAAAAUUCUACCGGUUCAGUGCCGUCGUUGUCGGCGAAAGUGAAGCAUGAAUCGCGAUCGGAGCAAAGACUGAAGAACACUUUCGGCUGGGCGAGGAUAAACAUCCUGACAAUGCUCGUCUGCUGCGUGUGCCUGGGCUCGUUUUGCUUCUCGGAGCUGGUCGAGUCUGUUCAAACUUUGUUGCACAUCGAUCACUUGGACGCUCUGCACCAGCCACUUACGGUAUUCGGCAUCGGAGCGGUGGGAAUUCUGCUGAAUGCAUUUUGCUACAUCAUGAUCGGUGGAUACACGUUUUACCACGGAAGUUCGCUUCAGGUCACGAAGAACGGCGAUGUGAUAAUGAAAAAAAAAAUCGCCCCAGCUUCCAUUCCGGCGGGCGAGCAGCGAUUAGCUUCGUCUGAAACGCGAAACUGUACAACGGCAAUCAGGUUCCCAGGAAGACCAGGAUUCCGGGGUAUUUUUAGAGACGUGCUUGGCUGCGUUUUCGUUAUGAUCGACUCGCUAGCCGUCUACUACACGGAUCCCUACGUGGGCAAAUUUAUAGAUCCGAUAAUCGCCAUCGUGUCGUCGACCUCUCUUUUAUUUCUCAGCUAUCCGUACAUGAAGGCAUCCGGCCUGAUUUUGUUGCAAACAAUACCAAAUCACAUUGACAUAAAAUCGCUGAAGAAGGAACUGCUAGAAGCUUUUCCCGGGAUAGUGAACGUCCAUGAUUUACACGUAUGGCAGUUGACGGGUGAUAAAAUAAUAUCUACGGCCCACAUAAUAUUCAUCGAUCCAACGAUGUACGCAUGUAUCAGACACGAAGUGACCGAAUUUUUCGUAGAAAUGGGAAUAACGCAGGUUACAAUUCAACCGGAAUUUCAAAAAGUGAAACCAGAGGUGAAGAAGAUCGACUGUCUGAUCAAAUGUCGAGGUGAAAAUUGCAGCCUGUCUCAGUGUUGCUCGAAAGAUAUAUCACUCGACAGCGACUCCGGCCAUCCAACGAGCACAAACCGUCAGGGGAUACACAGGAGGUUUGAAAUGGAAAAAAUCGUCCCAGACUCACAGCCGAUAAGCUUGAAACGAUUUACCCCCCACACUGCCGAAUAUUCCUGCGAAUCUAGUCAGACGGUGGUGAUUAGAAAUGAAGCAGAUUCGGCAAAUGUUGAGGAAAUUUCAGAAGAUAUAACGAACACGAGCAAAGCAGUCGUGGAAAAGGAUACAUGCAAUGUUGAUAUCGAAGACACAAUGGUACUUCCAUCAGUUUCCGAAAACUGUACAAGUGGAUUUGCGUAAUAAUACCGAAGAAGUAAUGGUUUCAUUAUUUUUCAUUUCUUUCGUUUAUUCAAAAAGUCUGAUUUUCACGAAGACUCGAUCAAACGGGAGUUGCAAACCGCGCCUAGAAGAGAUGGAUGAGUGAAAUUAUGAGCAAUUGAUGAGCGAAAUCGCUGACUUGUUUGUACAUUUGAUGAUAAAUCUGCAAACGCAUGACGGAUCAGUUUUUCAGUUGUUAGCAACGGGUCGAACUGCCUGAUUUCGAAUAAGGAUUGACAUAUAUAUUGUGCAAAAAAUUGCGUUACACAAACUUUCGGACGAUACAUUGUGCAAUGGAAGUUAAUUCCAUAAGUGAGCGGAGCUAAACUAAUAAGCCUUGAAUUGCAACGUAUCACGUACAUCAUCUAAGCAUUAAACCUACCUUCCUACCUACGUGAAUAUUUUUUUUUGAAUCAUAGACUAAGUGAAAUUUUAUUCUGUAAAAAGGAAGCGAAUUGAUAGUUCAAAAAUAUAAUGACCUUUUUGAUUCUAAUGUAUGUUUGAAGUUUCACUUUAUAAAACUCACAAACGCCUUGUAUUGCAAACAUCUCAACUCAUAGUGGGAUUUUUUCCCAGGACGUUUACGAUUAAGUAACGGUCGACGGAUUUUAAUUCGAACGGCUAGAGAUGAAAGUGUUCCUUAACGGUGUGAAUAAUAAAGUAUUAUUUAUUAAUUUUUAA